UAAAUUUGUCAUAGACAAGAAAUUUAUGAGCCGUCAAGUCAAGUCAACGAGAGUCGUCAAAUUCUAUAGUGCUUGUACAUAUUUUCAGUUUUCCGCCAAAGUCCAGUCAUCUAUCUAUAUUUGCCAAAAUGGCAGAAGGCCAGGAUGAUCCCAAAAAAAUUACAAUCACAGUGAAAACCCCAAAAGAAAAACAACAAGUGGAUAUCGAAGAAGAUGCCGACAUUAGAAAAUUGAAGGAAGCGCUCGGACCGCGGUUCGGAGCGGAACCGGAGCAGCUAUGUCUUAUCUUUGCCGGAAAGAUCAUGAACGAUGCCGACACGCUGAAGCAGCACAACAUCAAGGACGGGCUGACAGUCCACCUCGUGAUCAAGACGCCGCCGCGGCCCGAGCCGGAGGGCGGCCCGCGCCGACCCCCAGCUGAUAUUGGAGCUACCCCAUUUGGAUUGAACUCAUUAGGAGGUUUAGCUGGACUUGAGAGCUUGGGUCUUGGACAGAGCACUUUUAUGGACUUACAGGCCCGCAUGCAACAAGAGCUCCUAUCCAACCCUGACAUGCUGCGCCAGGUGCUGGACAACCCGCUGGUCCAGCAGAUGAUGAAUGAUCCCGAGAACAUGCGCACGCUCAUCACCUCCAACCCGCAGAUGCAAGACCUUAUGGCUAGGAACCCGGAGAUCAGCCACAUGCUGAACAACCCCGAGCUGCUGCGGCAGACCAUGGAGCUGGCGCGCAACCCCGCCAUGCUGCAGGAGCUCAUGCGCUCCCACGACCGCGCGCUAUCCAACCUCGAGAGUAUCCCGGGAGGUUACAACGCAUUGCAACGCAUGUACCGCGACAUACAAGAACCCAUGCUGAAUGCUGCCAGUAGUAUGGCCGGAAACCCGUUCUCGGGGCUAGUGGAUAAUUCGGACGGCACCAACCCGCAACAAGGCGCCGAGAACCGCCAGCCGCUGCCGAACCCGUGGCAGCGCGGCGGCGGCGGCGGCGGCGGCGGCGGCGGCGCGGGCGGCGCGGGCGGCGCCGGCUCCGGGCCCGGCCUCAUCAACACGCCGGGCAUGCAGUCGCUGCUGCAGCAGAUGUCCGAGAACCCGCGCCUCGUGCAGUCCAUGCUGUCGGCGCCCUACACCAACAGCAUGCUGCAGGCGCUCGCCGCCGACCCCGACAUGGCCAGCCGGCUCAUCAACCAGAACCCCAUGUUCGCGAACAACCCCCAACUCCAAGAGCAGAUGCGAACUAUGAUGCCCCAGAUGCUCGCCCAGCUACAGAACCCUGAGAUGCAGCAGAUGAUGUCUAAUCCUCAGGCCCUGAACGCGCUGCUGCAGAUUCAGCAGGGCAUGGAGCAGCUGCGCACGGCGGCGCCCAGCCUCGUCAACAACCUGGGGCUCGGCGUGGGCGCCGCCACCGCCGCGCCCGCCGCGCCGCCGCCGCCGUCCACACCCGCGCCGCAAGCGCGCCAGCAGCAGAACGAGGAGCUCUUCUCGCAGGUACUGACGGCCUUGUUACAGCCUCGUCAACAACCUGGGGCUCGGCGUGGGCGCCGCCACCGCCGCGCCCGCCGCGCCGCCGCCGCCGUCCACACCCGCGCCGCAAGCGCGCCAGCAGCAGAACGAGGAGCUCUUCUCGCAGGUACUGACGGCCUUGUUACAGCCUCGUCAACAACCUGGGGCUCGGCGUGGGCGCCGCCACCGCCGCGCCCGCCGCGCCGCCGCCGCCGUCCACACCCGCGCCGCAAGCGCGCCAGCAGCAGAACGAGGAGCUCUUCUCGCAGGUACUGACGGCCUUGUUACAGCCUCGUCAACAACCUGGGGCUCGGCGUGGGCGCCGCCACCGCCGCGCCCGCCGCGCCGCCGCCGCCGUCCACACCCGCGCCGCAAGCGCGCCAGCAGCAGAACGAGGAGCUCUUCUCGCAGGUACUGACGGCCUUGUUACAGCCUCGUCAACAACCUGGGGCUCGGCGUGGGCGCCGCCACCGCCGCGCCCGCCGCGCCGCCGCCGCCGUCCACACCCGCGCCGCAAGCGCGCCAGCAGCAGAACGAGGAGCUCUUCUCGCAGGUACUGACGGCCUUGUUACAGCCUCGUCAACAACCUGGGGCUCGGCGUGGGCGCCGCCACCGCCGCGCCCGCCGCGCCGCCGCCGCCGUCCACACCCGCGCCGCAAGCGCGCCAGCAGCAGAACGAGGAGCUCUUCUCGCAGGUACUGACGGCCUUGUUACAGCCUCGUCAACAACCUGGGGCUCGGCGUGGGCGCCGCCACCGCCGCGCCCGCCGCGCCGCCGCCGCCGUCCACACCCGCGCCGCAAGCGCGCCAGCAGCAGAACGAGGAGCUCUUCUCGCAGGUACUGACGGCCUUGUUACAGCCUCGUCAACAACCUGGGGCUCGGCGUGGGCGCCGCCACCGCCGCGCCCGCCGCGCCGCCGCCGCCGUCCACACCCGCGCCGCAAGCGCGCCAGCAGCAGAACGAGGAGCUCUUCUCGCAGGUACUGACGGCCUUGUUACAGCCUCGUCAACAACCUGGGGCUCGGCGUGGGCGCCGCCACCGCCGCGCCCGCCGCGCCGCCGCCGCCGUCCACACCCGCGCCGCAAGCGCGCCAGCAGCAGAACGAGGAGCUCUUCUCGCAGGUACUGACGGCCUUGUUACAGCCUCGUCAACAACCUGGGGCUCGGCGUGGGCGCCGCCACCGCCGCGCCCGCCGCGCCGCCGCCGCCGUCCACACCCGCGCCGCAAGCGCGCCAGCAGCAGAACGAGGAGCUCUUCUCGCAGGUACUGACGGCCUUGUUACAGCCUCGUCAACAACCUGGGGCUCGGCGUGGGCGCCGCCACCGCCGCGCCCGCCGCGCCGCCGCCGCCGUCCACACCCGCGCCGCAAGCGCGCCAGCAGCAGAACGAGGAGCUCUUCUCGCAGGUACUGACGGCCUUGUUACAGCCUCGUCAACAACCUGGGGCUCGGCGUGGGCGCCGCCACCGCCGCGCCCGCCGCGCCGCCGCCGCCGUCCACACCCGCGCCGCAAGCGCGCCAGCAGCAGAACGAGGAGCUCUUCUCGCAGGUACUGACGGCCUUGUUACAGCCUCGUCAACAACCUGGGGCUCGGCGUGGGCGCCGCCACCGCCGCGCCCGCCGCGCCGCCGCCGCCGUCCACACCCGCGCCGCAAGCGCGCCAGCAGCAGAACGAGGAGCUCUUCUCGCAGGUACUGACGGCCUUGUUACAGCCUCGUCAACAACCUGGGGCUCGGCGUGGGCGCCGCCACCGCCGCGCCCGCCGCGCCGCCGCCGCCGUCCACACCCGCGCCGCAAGCGCGCCAGCAGCAGAACGAGGAGCUCUUCUCGCAGGUACUGACGGCCUUGUUACAGCCUCGUCAACAACCUGGGGCUCGGCGUGGGCGCCGCCACCGCCGCGCCCGCCGCGCCGCCGCCGCCGUCCACACCCGCGCCGCAAGCGCGCCAGCAGCAGAACGAGGAGCUCUUCUCGCAGGUACUGACGGCCUUGUUACAGCCUCGUCAACAACCUGGGGCUCGGCGUGGGCGCCGCCACCGCCGCGCCCGCCGCGCCGCCGCCGCCGUCCACACCCGCGCCGCAAGCGCGCCAGCAGCAGAACGAGGAGCUCUUCUCGCAGUUCAUGCAGCGGAUGGUAGCCGCCAUGGCCAACAACCAGAACAACUCUUCGCAGCCUCCCGAGCAGCGGUACUCGCAGCAGCUUGAGCAACUAGCAGCCAUGGGCUUCCUCAACAGGGAGGCAAAUCUGCAAGCUCUAAUCGCAACAUUCGGCGACGUGAACGCGGCCGUGGAGAGGCUACUGGCGCUGGGGCAGCUGUCCAUGAGCUAACACCGCGGCGCCCGCACGCACACACACACGUAGGCCGCGUAUACAUACAGCAUACAGCUGCUCUCCUGGUACCAGCCACGCAGUUACAGUGCGACAUAAAAGAGUAGAAAAUAAAUGAGGGCGCCACUUUCUUCGUAACUCACAUUUUUGACGUAAAAUGCAUAAACAUGGCAACAAUUUUGUAUGUAAAUUGUUUAGUUCCAUUUCAUUUCUACUCUUUCAUGUCGCACUGUAACAAUGUAGACGAUGGUGCCUGUAACUACCUGUAGAGUGUAUAAAAGCGUGGUAAUAAAACUCUUACGCAUGACAUGUGUUAAGAUAUAAUCAUUGCAAAAUCGGUGCAAACUUAGCGUAGGAUGGUAUGCCACCUGUCCAAUUUAUUGGUCCAAUGUGUAUUUGCAUCUCACAUUUUACUUAAUGAGAGAGUGAGACGCAAUGCACAUUAGACAAAGAAAUUGGACAUGUGGAAUACCAUCCGUAGACAGACUAGUCCAGUCAACGAAAAUUGAAUCCACUAGAUACCAUCACGCGACAACAUUUGGCUUGUGCAUAGUCUUUGACAGAUAGUGUUGCCUUAUAAUAGUUAUAAUUUAAGGGGUUCAACUUUCCUUAGCCACAUUAUUUUGAAAUGAGAUGAGUGACUUGAUUUAUUUAUUUUCGAAGGAAUAGAGUUGAUGUUCAGGUAAUUUCAGUUUCAAACACAAGAUACGACUUUCAUUGUCCUCUUUGAAGUUUUAGUUUUUUAGAUGGUAAACUGCUCUCACCUGACAUGGUUGGUACGGUUUGAGAGUGUGUCCCUAGGCUUCUGUAUAAUAAAUCUUUUGCAAGAAUUAAUGCAACAUUGUUUAAAAUAUACAGCAACCAAUGUAAACUGCUUCCAUAUUUUGACACUGAACCAUAAUUAUUAGUCUCAUGCCUAACUUUGAAUGUCUUUAAUGUUUUUGUUGUUUUGGCGACGAAUACUAUAUUGAGAACAGUUCCACGCUAGUACCAGGAGAGCGGCCAUUGGUAUUUGCACUAUUUUUUAUUUACAUUGUGGUGGAAGUUGUGUGAUUCUAUUUAUCAAUAUGGCUAGAAAUGGCUCUAUCGAAACACUCGAAAAUGUUGGGAUAAUUUUAUAAAGACAAAGUCGGUUUAUAUAGAGUUGCCGACUGAGCAUAAGUGAUACGGGGCAUUUAGUAGAGGUAGCGAGUGUUAAGGCUCUUGAGAAUGAAGAUGACUGCUCGAUAUUUCUAUAGUGCCAUUUUGAAGCAGAGGUUUGUCGGGCGUGCCGCAGCGCGCGAGGCUUGACUGCAGAGACCGUCAAGUACAUGUAAAUGUGUCUAUGCAACUGUAUAGGUGUUUCCUAUAUCGCAACUAAAAUUCAUUCCUUCUUGUUUUUUAGUUUAUAAAGGAAAUUGUUAAAAAUAGGAAUUUCAUAAAUAUUAUAGAAAAACGUCCGUUGUUUUCUGUGUUCUAUGAUACCCCAAAGAAAUAUAGAAAUAUUUCUGAGGUAUAAUUUAUAUAAUAGUGGUUUAUGUUAUUUUAUUUCUUCAACGAUUAAAUAUAAUUUUUCAGUUGCGUUAAGUAAAUCUGUUUAUGUAAAUAUUUUCCUUUGAAAAAGUAAAUAGAUAAGGAAGCGCAAUUCAGCAAUAAUGGAUGUGUCUACACAUAUGUGUCUGUUUCUAUCGUAGCAUCUAUUUUAUUAUUCAUGUUUGUAUUGUUUUCGUUUGAUCGUGAAUUACAGUUUGUCACAAAUUUAUAUUGGGGCUAGAGGUUGGUUUCAAAUAAAUUCGCGGCGCCAUAUUUACUAAAAUACUUACCCCCUUAUUCAUAAACGUGUACUAAAGUUACGAUGCUGCUAAUCAUCGUUGUCCCUUUCCGACGUAUUGGUAUGAUGGAAAGGGACAAACGAUGAUUAGCAGCAUCGUAACUUUCGUACACGUUUAUGAAUAAGGGGGUUAGUGAAAACUAAUCACGCCAUUUGUCUUAAAUGGUGUGCUGUAAAGAGUCCCUUUUCGCUUGUCCAUUGCCUUCAUUUACCUGAGAUAUCCUUCAAUCGUUGUGGUGGUAAACUAUUUUAUAAGAGUUUAGCUUUUUGUAGCCUAUGAUAAUACUUUAAUAUUAUUUUGUAGUGGUUUUAUAGCGAAUUCAUUAAAUUUAAGUUGUAAAAAGUAUAGAAGAGUACUGUUGCUCAGUUUGUGGGGAGUGUGUUAAAUUACCCAGAAUUAUAUUUAAAAAUGAAUUUAUUAGUCACUUCAGUAUACGCAUUAUAUGUCCACGAUCACCCUGACUAUAUUUAUUACUAAAAAAUGCGGAUUUGGUUUAUACUAUGAUGUAAUGUAACCACACUUGACUAUAAUAAAACAGUAAUCAGGAUCUAUGAAAAUUUUACACCAUGAAAAAUUACUGCAGUAAUUUAAAAUACUGUAAUUGGCUUUUGUUAUGAGUAACAAGUUGUAAGUUUUUAAAAUAUGCUUAUACGAUUUAUUUAGCUCGGAAUGUGUAGAUCCGUUAAUUCACGAUAGUGCGUCCAACACUUUAUGAUGGUACAAUUUGGUCCUGUUUUUUACAGAACGUACGAGCCUUCGUGAAUUAAUGUAUCUAAAUAUUUAAUAAUGUUGCUUGCAAGUGACGUAGAGCGGGGGCCCGUUUCAUGAGAGUGUUGUUCUCAUGCUCUGAAAGUAGGUCGUUGUUCUAAAAAGUGUCCAGAAAACGAUACGAUUUCUGCUCUAGCGCACUGUACUUUCUAAGUACGUUUUUUCUCUUUUUUUUACUUUAAGCAAUUAAAAUUUAGGUUUUAAAUGGAUUUGUUGUACAAUUUCCAUUCUGAUAAUUAACUCCCCAUUCCAUAAAUAACGAUAAUUUGACCUAAGUUGUGAAUUGAAAGUACACUCAAGAAAUACUACUGCAGUUUAUAUUUAGCCGCGUUUUAAAGCAAAUGUAUUUUACUUUCCUCGUAUUCGAAAUGAAAAGUAGAGUGUUUAACUCGGGUGAAAAGCACCAUUUCAAAAGUUUGAAAUGGGUGCCUUUUAUCCCUUGGUUAACAAUCUACUAUUAACACCUUCAUUAGAAAUAUACAAAUAAUCUUCCAUGAAACGGGCCGCAGCCAGGGUACAUUGGCGAGUUUUACGCGAACGCCAACGCACGGCAGUGUUGGCCGAAUUGCAAUUAACCAUUAUAAAUUGAACCUCAACCGUAACGGACGGUUACAGUUUAUGGUUCAAUUUGUACCUAAUGGUUAUUGGCCAAUAAUGGUUAAUUGCAUUAACGUUUCGGCCAACACUGACGCACGGUAACGUGCGCGCGUAAAAUGCCUCAUGUCAGCUCUUAAUGUUUUCAAUGCAAAAAAACGCGCGUAUAAUGUCUAGAUUGCUAGAAAUGUCUGAAAUCGUAUGAUAUGAACAUAUGAAUCUGGGUGUAACAAUAUUAUUAUGUGACAGAAUGCAAUUAUUAUUAACAAAGUAAAUUA